UCUUUGUUAUUAACAAAAAAAGAGAAAACAAAGGGAAGAAGAACCUGCUGCCACUAAUGUCACCAUAGCGACUUUUCUUCUUCUUCUUCUUCUGACCAGCCGUAACGACUUGUCUUCUGCCAUGCAAUGGAGAAUUUUACCGACAUUUUUUCCCCGUCAUCCACGGACCACCCAACCCAACUCACCAGCCACACACGCAUUAGUACUCUUCUCUGUGAUUUCAGUUCUAUUCAACGAACGUACGUUUAGAAGGUAAAGCCAAGUCAUGGUGUUCAAGUUUAGAAAGGUUGAUUCAACUCUUUCAUCACUUGUACCACAACGGCUGAUUAUCUCCAUAUUCUUCAUCUGCACUUCUUUGCUGUUCUCUUCAUCCAUCGCAGCUGGUGGUGAUGAAGCAAAUGCUCUUUUAAAGUGGAAAUCUACCCUUGAGAAUCAAAGUCAAUCUACCUUGUCUUCUUGGAAUGGAACAGAUCCUUGCAGAAACUGGAAAGGAAUUACAUGCGAUGAAUCCAUGUCUAUCUCCACCAUAAAUCUUACAAGAUUGGGGAUACAAGGUACACUUUACAGUCUCAACUUCUCAUCAUUUAAUAAACUCCAAGCCCUAGACAUCAGUCAGAACGAGUUUGCAGGAAUUAUUCCUAGCCAACUCAGUAAUUUGUCUAGUAUUCAUACGCUCAAUAUGAGUCAUAAUUUCUUGAGUGGUUCUGUCCCUCGAGAAAUAGGAGCGUUGACUACUCUGAACAUGCUUUCUAUUAGUGUGAAUAAUCUCACAGGGAAAAUUCCAGACGAGAUUGGAAUGCUGAGUAAUCUCAUAGUGCUUGCCUUGCAAAGAAACACUUUCUUAAAUGGAAGAAUCCCUCCUGCAAUAGGAAAUUUGACCAAACUACAAUAUCUUUCCCUCUUUCGAUCUAAUUUGUCAGGUCCUAUUCCUUUUGAAUUUGGGAAUCUAUAUUCUCUCAUUAGUUUGCACCUGUCAAAUAACAACUUGUAUGAGCCAAUUCCAUCCUCUUUGGGAAACUUGGUCAAAUUAGAAGACCUCAAACUUGGAAACAACACUCUUUCUGGGCCUAUUCCAGCUGCCAUAGGAAAUCUAACACGGCUCAACGUCUUAUUUUUGAACAUAAACAAAUUGAAUGGUAGCAUUCCAAUAGAGAUGAAUAACCUUACUAAAUGGGAAAUUUUAGAGCUGAGUGAUAAUGAAUUCACUGGCCAUUUGCCACAACAGGUUUGCCUUGGGGGAUCACUUGAACAUUUCACUGCACGUGCAAAUAAAUUCACUGGUCCAAUUCCAAAAACCCUGAAGAAUUGCUCUAGCCUUAUCAGACUUAGACUUGAUAACAACCAAUUGGUUGGAAAUAUAACAAGUGACUUUGGUGUGUACCCAAGUUUGAAAUACAUUGAUUUGAGUGGCAAUAAAAUUUAUGGCCGCAUUUCAUCAAAGUGGGGAAAGUGUCAUAAUCUUACUUCACUUAGGAUUUCCAACAACAAUCUGUCUGGUAGUAUACCUCCAGAACUUGGAGAGGCAACCAAUCUUGGGGAAUUUAAUGUCUCUUCAAAUCAGUUGAUAGGAGAAAUUCCAAAGGAAUUGGGCAAGAUGGUCUCAUUGACUAGACUUUCUUUGAGAAACAAUCAAUUUUCAGGCAAGAUUCCAAUAGAAAUAGGAUCACUAAAUCAACUUGAAGAAUUGGAGUUGGUAGCAAAUAAAUUUACUGGCUCAAUCCCCAAAGAGCUUGGAGGAUUUUAUAGGUUAUGGCUCUUAAACUUGAGCAAAAAUAAAUUCGAAGGAAGCAUUCCCAUUGAGUUUGGUCGGUUGCAGGCAUUGCAAGAACUUGAUCUUAGUGAGAAUAUGUUGAGGGGAAGAAUACCCAGAACACUUGGAGCACUAAAGAUGCUACGAAUUUUGAACAUUUCGCAUAACAGCCUCUUUGGAACCAUUCCAUCCAAUUUUGAUGACAUGUCAAGCUUGACAUUUGUUGACAUAUCAUACAACCAUUUAGAAGGACCUCUUCCGAACAUUCCUGCCUUUCAAAGCAUUACAUUUGAGGCAGUAAGGAAUAACACUAGUUUAUGUGGUAAUGUUACUAGGUUGGAGCAUUGCAAUAGAAGUAUCAAUAACCAACACGGUCAUAUGAAUCAAAUAGUGAAGCUAUUGAUGUCAUUACUACUAUGUUUUGCAGCUUUAGUACUAAUAGCAGGUGGAAUUUCUUGUAUUGUGGUUCAAAAGUCAAAGCAAACCAAAAGCCAAGAUGGAGAAGCACUAAAUCUAAAUUUUUUCUCCAUUUGGCAUUUUGAUGGGAGAAUUUUGCAUGAAAAAGUUAUUGAAGCAACGGAAGAUUUUAAUGACAAGUAUCUCAUUGGGGUGGGAGCACAAGGUAGUGUUUACAAGGCUGAGUUACUUGAAGGUCAAUUUUUUGCUGUGAAGAAACUUCAUCCACAUUGUAAUACAUAUCUCUCCAAUCUAAAAGUGUUUCCAAGUGAAAUUCAAGCAUUGACUGAAAUCAAACAUCGUAACGUAGUGAAGUUACUUGGGUAUUUUUCAAAUUCACGCCUAUCAUUCUUGAUCUAUGAGUUCUUUGGGUUAAAGAGAAGAGAUGGAAGAAGAGGAAUGGGUGCGAUACCCUGA